CUAGUUAUCACGUGACAAAAAGAUGUCAACACCACUGUGCACAGCACUGUGAAACCAACAAUUUCUCACUAAAACGUUGUUUUUCUCCACGUUUAAACAUGAACACCUUGUAGUCUUGCCGUCUCGGAAGUAAAACUUUAUGUUAGCUGUCCGUUUGUUCACUGUCACUGCACAGGAUGGCUGUAGCUAACAGUGGCCAGUCCUCUCUGGUGCACAGUUUGGCUGCUCUGCUCCGAAAUGAUGGGGACCUGGUGCUGGACGGCAGCAGCACUCUGACCCUGCUGGCGUCCAGCCUGCAGCAGCUCAUCAGGCUGUUUGAACAGUACCUGCUGUCCAGGAGCCAGCUGCACGGCUUCCUGGCGCUGCCCUCCCACCCUGCUGACACCGCCUCCCUGCUGCAGCUGCAGUUCCUGUUUGACGUCCUGCAGAAGACCAUCUCCCUCAAGCUCAUCAACCCACAAGGGGUUAAACUUCAGUCUGUGGUGAAAAUCUUCCCAUUCAAGUCUUUAAAGUGUUUGGAGCUGAAGCGAAUCCCUCCACACUGUCUGGAGGGCCUCCGAGGAGUUUACUCCCAGUUGGAGGUCUUCACGUGUUCAAAGAGCCUCAGCUCCCUGGAGGAGCUGCUCUCCCUGUGUGGAGGCGACCUGAGCUCUGCGCUGCCUUGGCUGGAGCUGCACACGCUCAACUUCAGCUACAACUCCAUCGUUUGCCUUGACCAGUCACUAAGUUUACUGAACGUCCUGAAGUCCUUAGAUCUAAGCCAUAACAAGAUUCAGGAGUGUGCAGAGUUUUUAAAGCCCCUGAGUGAGCUGGAACACUUGAACCUGGGCUACAACUGCCUGCAGAGGGCGCCAACGCUGGGCCAGAGAGCCAGGGCCAAGCUGCUCACGCUCGUCCUCAGGAACAACGAGCUGGAGACCAUUAACGGUGUGGAGCAGUUGUCCUUGCUCCAGCACUUAGACCUGGCCUACAACCUCCUGCUGGAGCACUCUCAGCUGGCUCCUCUCUCAAUGCUGCACUGCCUCAACACACUCAGCCUGCAGGGCAACCCGCUGUACUUCAAGAAGACCCACCGCACCUGCACCGUCCGACAUCUCUCCCCAAAGGCUGCAAACCUCAGACUUAAACUUGAUGGAACCCCGCUGUCUUCGUCUGAGUUAUCAGUUCUGCCAAGACCAGGCCAGCUGAGGGUCCCGGUCCAGUCCGCCCCUCCAGCUGCUGUGUCAGCAGAACGCAGUCAGCAGGACGUGUCGAGUGGCGCCGGCGAGCUGAGCGACAGCAUGUCGGUCGGAGACGUGGCAGUCUCACACAUCCGGAGGAAGAAAUCCAAAGGUAAGGUGAAAGUGAGAAGGGCCAGCAUAUCAGAGCCCACUGCCAGUGAUACAGACUACGACCCCAGACCACUUUCCUCCUCACAGAACAUCGUCCUCCCCCACAAGCAGGAGAUAGAGCGCAUGUCCAGCUUCAGGGACCAGCUGGGGGAGGACUGGCUGAGGUACCAGCACCACCUGGAUGGAUCUCCUCCCUCCACCAACACCAACCAGCCUCCUGAACCUCCUCCGCCUCUAACCAACGGCCUCAACGCCGCCACGCGGCCCUCCUCCAGCCCCGGACUCCAGCCGUCCCCGUUGGAUCCAGGAGUCCCGGAGGUCCCGGAGGUCCUCCCCCCGCCGCUGCUCUCCUCCGAGCCCAGGUUGGAGGCGUCGGUGGAGGCGGAGCAGGAGACGGAGUCCACCCUGCAGUGGCCCGGCCACAGCUCCCUGUCCACCCUGGAGGACAGCGUGGUGGACGGGCUGGUGGCGAGCCAGGACGGGGCCGAGUCCCCGGAGCCCAGUCCGGAGUCCCAGAGGUCGGCCCGGAGGGGGAGCGGAGACACCAAAGAAGAAGAAGAGGAGGAGGAGGAGCUGGGAGUGGACCUGUGUCACCCUCUCCUCGUGGGAGUCUUAUCUGAGGAGGAAGACAGCGAGGGCGGGGAGAGGAGGAGCAGGAGGAGGGAGGUGUUCCUGCGGAUCAAACCGGGCCUGGUGCUGGAGGUGGACGUGCACCGCGGCCGGGAGAGAUGCCGCCUGGAGCUGGGCAGCCUGGCCCGGGUGGAGAGCACCGAGGCCUCCUGGAGCCGAGGGGAGACGGAGGAGAAGCUCCCAGCUGUGGAGCUCCUGUUCGACUACAUCAACAGGGAGAAAAGGAGGAGGUGCUACGUCCUGCUGGACGACCACCCACAGGAGGCCCUGCAGGCUCUAACCGACGUGCUGAGUCGCGUGGCGGAGGAAAACCAGCAGCGCGACUCGGAGCUCCGCCCCAGCUGCGUCCGCCUGCAGUGCCUCCGCUGCAGGUCAGAGUUCACCAGGAAGGGGGGGAGCGGGGAGGAGGAGGAGGAGGAGGAGGAGGAGGCGGGGGGGGAGAGGAAGAGGAGGAGAGGGGCGGCCAUGCUGCCAGAAGGUGAGGAAGAACAGGAAGAGGAGGAGCUCACGGAGGAGGACAGCAAAGCAAACAGUAAUGUUUGUCCAGAAUGUGGCAGCGAUCAUGUGGUCCAGCUGGCCGGCCAAUCAACUCCGUACAGCAGCACGCCCGUCCAGCGCUCGCCGAGGCCGGAGAGCGAGGACGACCGCCUCCAUGGCAACCAGAGCGCCAUCAAGGACGAUUACACAGACGCCAGUAUCAGCAGCAGUCCCAUCCUGGAGGCCGCCACCGCCACCACCGCUACAGAAGAAGACCCGUCCUUCUUCACCGCCCAGGGAAGCUCCUUCUUCAUCGGGGACGGGCCGACCGACACCUCCAGCCUCUCCUACAACACAGAGUGCCAAAGCAAAGAGGAUCUGGCGGGGAGCUACCGCUACACCGCUGCUAGUGCUACACCACCUGAAGUCCAGGCCCCACCUGCACGGAGCUCCACCCCCAAUGAUGUUUUGGAUCUGCUGUCUGAGGACUACGAGGCGGUGGACCAUCGGCUGCAGCUGUUCCUGGAUGUGGAGGUCUUCGAGGAGGAAGAGGAGCUGCACUCCUUCCUCAAGAUGUCAGCUGUCAAAUUUGGCGAGCCAGGGGAGGUCCCCUCUCUGCUGGUGGUGUCAAAUCAGCGGAUCUAUUUCCUGGAAAUGACAUCAGAACCACACGGAGGCCAGCUCUCUGAUUGGCUGCAGAAGAGGGACAGCCACCCAAUCCUGGAGCUCAGCUACCUGGAGGUGGGACUGGGCUCUCAGACCAUCCACAUGGAGUUCGGGGGCGUGGCCUACACCCUCCUCGUGAGGGACAGUUUACGCUGCAAACGCUUCUUUGGCCUCCUGACAGGAAUCGUCCGUGAGAUGGCUCACAAGUCAGACAGCAAGCUGGAGUCCAUCUCCACCAGCAGACUCACCCCUCAGCACCACCUCUGGCCUCUGGUGUGUGAAGACAUCCAGGCAGAUGUGGAGGACGGACAGCUGCAGUUUUUCUACAUUAUGGCUUUUGUGCUGCAAGAGGAUGUCUGGACUCCGUUGACGGUCCUGGCGACGCGGGAAACCCUGUACCUGCUCCGAGAGGACCACCAGUGGAGGAAGAGCUGCAGCAGCCUGACAGAGAAUGAGAACCAAGAACCCACCAGCGGGACUUUCAGCGUUCUAGAGACGCUGCCGAUCAGCUGCGUGAGCUCCGUCCUCCUGUUUCCUGCAGAGCAGAACAGGAUCGACAUCAAGCUGUUCGAUGAGACGGAGAAACAGGAGAAGACGUGGUGUGUGCGCUCGGAGUGUGGCGAGCUGCUCCAGGGUCUGCUGGCCUGGGUCAGAGCUCAGUGGGAGGCCAUGUUCGGAGUAAAACUGCACACAAGCCUUCAAGACAAAGCAGCAUAAUGGGGGGGGGGACAUUCCAGACUGUGUGUGUGUGUGCUUCUGAAUCUAGGAAAUGUUUCGUGAGCGAGUUUGUCUUUAUUUUCCCUCCACACGGUCUGGUCCCAUUACGCUCGCUUGCUUUUCAUCGUCUUUUUUCGAGCCAAGAACUUGGAAAUGAUUGCACUCAUUCAUGUGGCACACAAGCCUCUAAAAGCACCGGUUGCAUAAUUCUCUAUCCUCCAGACAGCACACGGCUCAAACGGACUGUGCCUUGUUUCUUUCACAGCUGCCAUGUUUUGUUGAAAUGCACCUUAACCCAUUUAGGCCUAAUACUCCUGGAGAAAAUGCCUGGAAAAACCUCUAAAACAACCCUCUAAAACCUGAAGUUUUUCUGGAAAUUCAACAGAAGUGUCAACUCUUCCUACUAAAUAAUAGAUUUUUCAGCCUCUGUAGCAGAUAGAAAUGAAAUUCAAAAAGUAUUUGAGAGCUUAUAGCUGUUAUAUCUGAGCUCCCUAAUAGUCGUCUUCACCAUGAUUUCAGUUCUGGAAAAGUCCCAUGAUGCAUUGCGACACUCCCACAUGUAUCCUCCUUUUGUGUCUUUUUUUUGUCAUUUUGUGUCUUUUUUGGUCAUUUUGUGGUCAUUUUGUGUCUUUUUU